AUGAGCAUCUCCGACACAUUCCCUACGGGCCAGAAUGGCCAGUUUGACUACAUUAUCGUGGGAGGUGGUACGGCAGGAUGCAUCAUCGCCAGCCGCUUGUCGGGCUACUUACCCGAUAAGCGUGUUCUGAUGAUCGAAGCGGGUCCUACCGAUAUUGGUGAGAAUCGCGCACUCGUCCUCAAGGACCGCUCCUCCAUGCAAGGCACCGAGCUGGACUAUCAAUAUACCAGCGUUGAGCAACCCCGAGGAAAUAGCAGCAUCAUUCACUCGCGCGCCAAAAUCUUGGGUGGAUGUUCAAGCCAUAAUGACAUGGUCUCCUUCCGUACGCCGCAGUACGACGCGUACACGUGGGAGAGGCUGGGCUGCAAAGACUGGUCAUUCGAGACGUUCGCCCGAGUCCAGGAUAAAUUGCGUGUUACGACACACCCUUCUGCUCACCCCCGCGACCAAAGCCAGCUGAGCAAGGACUGGAUCUUGUCGGCCAACCGCGCACUUGGCUUGCCGUAUGUGAAGGACCUCAACAAGUCCAUCCGGUCCGCUGGUGGCUUGACCCAAUCCGUCGGAUGGACACCUCUGUCCUACAACCCCGACAACGGAUAUCGCAGCAGCACUAGCGUGGCCUACAUACACCCGAUUCUCCGAGGGGAGGAGAAGCGGCAAAACUUGGUCAUUUUAACCAAUGCCUGGGUGUCACGAGUCAAUGUUCAGGGUAACAGGGCAGUCAGCGUGGAUGUCACCACUAAGGAUGGCAUCAAACACACCGCACAUGCUGGGUCGGAGAUCAUUCUCUGCGCCGGGGCCAUCGAUACUCCAAGGCUCAUGCUCCUGUCUGGGCUUGGCCCCAGAAAGCACCUCGAGUCCGUUGGUGUUCCCGUUGUCAAUGAUAUCGCUGGCGUCGGAGAGAACCUCCAGGAUCACCCUGGCGCCGGCGUGAUAUACGAUCUGCACGACAAGGUCCCCGAGGAAACCGCCACCCAUUCCGACGUCCUUGCAUUCAUACGGCAUAAGCCAUACAAUUGGGCUGGCGACGAUGGAAACAUCCCUGAUCUUCUCUUGCAUACGUGGCAGCUUGACUUUGAAGACGAUCCUGUGUCGCCGCCUGGCUACCCGAGGCCACAGCAUCCAUUUGGCAUCUACCCAGUUACGUUGCGCUCAAAGUCACGAGGCAGGGUGUAUCUCAAAUCCAGCAACCCCAAUGAAAAGCCGGCUCUGGACUUCAAGUAUUUCGAGGACCCCGACAAUUACGAUGCGGAGAUUCUGGUGGCAGGCAUUAAGGCUGCUAGAAAGAUGGCAAAGUCGGAGCCCUUCAAGAGCUACAUCAAGCGAGAGGUUGCGCCAGGCCCUCACGUUACUUCCGACAAAGAGUUGGAGAAGUUCGCCCGCGAGACAUCCUAUACCAUCUACCAUCCAGCGUGUACAACCAAGAUGGGAGAUGUUGAGAAGGACCCGUUGGCUGUGGUUGACUCUCGGCUGAAGGUGAAGGGACUUUCGAACCUGCGAGUCGCCGACGCCGGUGUCUUCCCGACAAUGAUCACGGUCAACCUGAUGCUGACCGUUUUGGCUGUGGGCGAGAGAGCAGCGGAACUGAUUGCUGAGGACGCAGGGUGGACUGGUGCCAGGUCUCAUUUGUAG